UCGAGCUUUGUUUGCAUCGAGAUGAGUCCCCGGGUUGAGAUUCUAGUGGUGGCUCUGGUGGUGGGCCUAUGCCAGGUGGCUCUAGCUGAAGAGCCUAUUUAUCGCUUGUGUGUCCCGAAAAUCUAUUUAAAGGAAUGCCAACAAUUAUUGGCCGAUCCCUCGGAGGCUGGCAUCCGAAUGGAGUGUGUCCCGGGACGAGAUCGUGUCGAUUGUUUGGAGCUGAUUGAACAGAGGAAGGCCGAUGUCCUGGCCUCGGAACCGGAGGAUAUGUACAUUGCCUAUCAUCGCAAGAAUGAGGACUUUCGAGUGAUUUCUGAGAUUCGCACCCAACAGGAUAAAGAUGCCCCCUUCCGUUACGAGGGCAUUAUCCUUGUAAAGAAGACCUCUCCCAUUCACACUCUGCAACAGCUACGUGGCGCCAAGUCCUGCCACACUGGCUUCGGACGCAAUGUCGGCUACAGGAUUCCCAUCACCAAGCUAAAGAACACCAAGGUCCUGAAAGUAUCCCUUGAUCCGGAAAUAUCCGCCACGGAGAGGGAACUAAAAGCGCUAUCCGAGUUCUUCAGCGAGUCCUGUUUGGUAGGCAAUUACUCCACGUACCCGAAUACGGAUCGAUCCUUGAAGAAGAAGUACGCCAACCUGUGCGCCCUGUGCGAGAAGCCAGAACAGUGCAACUAUCCGGAUCGGUUCAGUGGCUACGACGGUGCCAUCCGGUGUCUGGACAAGGGCAAGGGCGAGGUGGCCUUCACCAAGGUGCAGUACAUCAAGAAGUACUUCGGACUGGCCGGAGGGGAUACCCCGGCGGAGGGUAAUCCGGAUGAGUUUGAGUAUCUGUGCGAGGAUGGGACUCGGAAGCCGAUCACAGGACCCGCCUGCUCCUGGGCCCAGCGUCCCUGGAUGGGCUACAUUUCCAACGAACAGGCCGUCCGGACGCCCGAGAAACUCGACCAGCUGCAGCACCGACUGGAGCGCUUCUUCGCCAACGGCCUGCAGGCCCAGAACAAGGAUGCCGCCGCCCACUUGCUCAUCCAGCCGAACGCCGUCUACCACAGCAAGGACUCGGCCAUUGAUCCCAAGGUCUACUUGGAGCGUGCCGGCUACAAGGAUGUGAUCGAGCGGGAUGGCAGUGCUAUUCGCAAAAUCCGGCUCUGUGCCCAGAACGAUGCCGAGUUCGCCAAGUGCCAGGCUCUGCACCAGGCCGCCUACUCUCGGGAUGCUCGUCCGGAGCUGCAGUGCAUCCAGUCCGUGGACUGUGUCCUGGCGGUCAGCAAGAAGGAGGCCGAUCUGGUGGUGGUCGAUGGCAAUGGUUGGGCGGGUGCCAGAAGGGAAAACCUGCAGCCGGUGAUCUUCGAGCUGUUGGAUCCUUUGGAGACUCUGGUGGCUGUGGCGCCACCUAGCGUUGGAUACCGCGAUAUCCCGACAGCGGGCGUAAAAUAUGAUGAAACCUCGGAACGUGCCCAGCUCGCCGCUGUCUUCCUGCACGGUGGCCUCGGCGUGGACAAGUGCUCCAUUCGCUCCAAUCCCGAGGGCCAGGUUCACAUAGUGCCCGCCUCCGAGCUGGAGAAGUACAAGGACUACCAGCUGUUGUGCGGAAAGACCGAUCGUCGUCCUGUCACCGACUAUCAGUCGUGUCCUGUGGAAGUCCAACUGCCACAUGCCGUCUUCAUCCGAACGGAAACCACGGCCGUGGAGCAGGAGACCAUCAAGCACCUGUUCUCCGCAUUUUCGGACAAGUUUGGAGCACAUGGCAAGUUCGUGGAUGUGUUUGCCAUUUUUGGAGAAUUCCAGCAAGGACAUCCCAAUGUCUAUUUCGAUGACAAAGCUGUGGCCUUUAUUACGGAAAUCAAAAAUCCUUACCAAGAUGAGCAAAUUGUUCAGCAACUCAAGUGCGAGAGUCGCAAUAAAAUCAAGAAAAAUUAAUUUCCCACACUAGUUGGGAUGAAAUUUAAUAAAAUAUUAUGAAAUAUAUUAAAGGCUAUUCAUGAAAAUAGUUUUACUUUUUUAGUUGGUAAGUGUUUGAUGAAGUUUUUCAAAGUAGAAGUUGAGGUUGAAGUUUUAGAAGAAAAUCUAAUGAAAACACUUUAGAAACUUAAAAUAAAAUAUUUAAUUAUAUUA